AAAUCCCACCCACUUGAAAUGAAGAGGUGGGGGAAAAUUGCCAUCUCUGUCGCUUAUACACUAACUUGUUCCCUGUUAAUAGCAUCCUAGUUCACUAUUUGCGCUCUCGUGCUCGGGAAAAGGUGAUGGAGACUGAAAGUUGUCUGUCUUUCUCCUCGCCUCCAAACAGGAUCACGCCGGAGAAUUCACCGGGCUUGGAGCAUAGUUCCGGCGCUUUCUUCCAGUGUGACGACCUCCAAAAGUCUCCGCAUCUUACUCUAGCGCAUCGAUCUGAGUUUUUUAUGGGACGCUACACUGACGGCGGCUCCGCGGACUUUACGCACGGCGUCAGCCCUACAACUCCCCGCGCCUCGCCUGGAAAGCAUACAAAGUAUUUGGAGAAUAUGAACCAGGACCAAAAACCUUCUUCGAUCACUGAGAAGAACUCGUCAUUUUAUGAGACUAAUUCGGAUGCAGGAGAUAAGCCCGUACCCAAGGCCCUUGGAUAUCCCACUCUAGACUCAGAGUGUUGCGGAAAACUGAAAGAGCCGUCCAAUGGGCUGACUGGUGACUCCAUCACUGACUCCAUCGACCUUUCAGGCAAGAACAAGAAGCGGCGAAACCGGACAACUUUCAGCACCUUUCAGCUGGAGCAGCUGGAGAAGGUCUUUCAAAAGACACAUUACCCAGAUGUGUAUGCACGGGAACAGCUGGCAUUGAGGACGGAGCUGACAGAGGCAAGAGUGCAGGUGUGGUUUCAAAACAGACGGGCCAAAUGGAGGAAAAGAGAGCGAUACGGGAAGAUGCAAGAAAUGCCAAACCACUUUGCUGCUACAUACGAUAUCUCCCUUCUCCCUCGCUCCGACUCAUACCAGAUGCAAAAUAGCCUAUGGCCAAGCAGUGCAGGGAUGGGAGGUGCAGGCGGAGCGGUCAGUGGUUGUGUUUUGGGAGUGGAAAACAUGGCAUCAUCCUGUAUGACCCCUUAUCCCCAUCCUCACGGGAACCUGUCAGGGCUCAUGGGUAUGUCUGCAUCUCCAGGCCAUCAUCAUCAUCAUCACCCACCUCACCACCCUAGCAUUAACGGGAUAUACUCACUCCAUGGCUUCCCAGGAAGCCUGGGGCCCCAUUCCUUUGAGCCCGGACCAGAGUCUGAAUACAAGCCGUCAGGACUGGUGGCCCUGCGCAUGAAAACCAAAGACCCGGGGAGCCUGUUAUCCUGGCCAACAUGACCAUGCAGCUGCAACUGCGAUUGUCUUGACAUCACUGAGCCAACUAGCAGUUAGCAUGCCCGCACAUACUGGCAUGUUAGUGUUACUCAGUAACACACAACUGAAAGACACUUUUUUAAUGCUCAAUGUACAUAUCUCUUUUUUUGCAGCCUUCCAGAUAUUUUCACUGCAAUUAAACAUUUUAUGCCUGUACUUUUCUGUGUUGAUCUGUUUCCCUAUGAAAGCAUCUCAUUUGUUUGUGUGUUUGUUGAAAUUCUAUGAGCCAUAAUGGGCUUUGCACACAACUUGCCUUAAUAUAAAAUUCUUCCAGGGAUACUUAAAUUUUUAAAAAUGAUGUCAUUUUAAUUGUCAAAGAGGAUGUGCAACAUUUUUAUUUAAGUAUGUUAAUGUUAAUCUCAUAGUUUCAGUGUAUGCAGUGGUUUAGCCUCAUUAUGUAUAUAUGUAGCCCUAGCCAAUAAAUGAUUUUACAUUUUCUGACUUUCACGACUAAAAACAGCAAAUAAGUUUGUGCUUCUGGUAAACCAUGGCAGGAAUUAAGCAUCUCUGCAUAUAGAUUGCAUUUUGUGUUGCUGAUUGCUUAUUUUAAUUAGGGAUGCAUGAUAAUUUGGUAUCAUAUCGGUUAUCCUAUUGACAUAUAUUAGCUUUUUUGUUUUUGGACUAUAUUAAAUAUCAACUUGUAAAUGAUCAUUUCUCAAAUUUUUAGAUUUAGAUUAACUUAGCCAUUAUCUUACACUCACUUAAAGGUAAUCUUUAAAAACACUAAUAACUUAACACAGUUAAAUGCGAUCUUUAGAAUACCCAUUUUUCAGCCUGAACAUUAUUAUGUUAUGUUGCCAGGAUGUACUUACUGCAUUUAAAAUGAUUAAUUUUAUUUUUUAUUGUUUAUUUUUUUAUUUAUUUAGACAAAAUUGUACAGAAUUUUAAUACCAUCCUCCAUGAAAAUAAUUGUGGUAUCGACAAGAUUUUUAAUAUUCUUCAUAAUUCUAAUCUUGAAUAAUAUCCAGAAUAUGUAGUAAUUAUAACAUAGAUAUUUGCACAGGCUCAGGCAACUUUUGGAUCCAUACAAACAUCUCAUAAAAUUCGAAUACAAAAAAAUAUUUUGUGUGCCGAUUUAUUAAGACUACUAUAGAUAUAGAUACAUGUAAGGUGAAAUGUUUUGUAUUUGAGAGAGUGCAUGGCCAUUUAAUAUGUAUUUUUAAAUGUAUGUUUUGCUGUAGGCUGGCUGUAAAGGCUGUCGUAUGUCACCUGAUACAUCUGCAGCAUGUGACAGCCCUGCUAAUACAAAACCAACUAAGUAACCACAAACUCCUCACUCUCAGACUGAUGAUGGAUUCCAAGGUUUUUCCGUCAACCUUAGGUCUGAGGUCUGACAGCUGGACAGAACCACAAAGCCUAAUGAAUUAUGAAUCAACUUACAUGUUAUGCUACUGUUUAAUUCAAGGGUCUUGGACAAAAAUCAAAUCAUUACUUGAAAAGCAAUGCAGACUCCCAAGUUUCUAAAGCUGGCCAUGUGGUGGAUGUAUUGCAUUAAACAAUUUUUUUUUUGCAUGGUUUUAAAUGCACCUGGUUCUAAAUAACUAAUCAAACUAGUCAAAUUCAAAUUCUGCCUGGUAAAAGCUUUUUUGAACAUUAAAUUCCUGUGAC